AUGCUAAAUGUAUUUGUGACGGCUUGGAUAUCUAUCCGACACUCGUCGGCCUCGCAGGACGCACAGGCGCCGUCAUCUGCGUCCGGUGUCUAUUCCACCGCUACGUUCUUGGGCCCACUGUUUGGCGGUAUUAGCAACUGGCUGUUCCUGACACUCUUUAUCUUCUCCUUCUCCAACGUCAGCGGCAGUCAUCUCAACCCAACCAUUACCAUGGCCACAUUCUUUGCUCGGUUGAUCUCACUACCUCGCUUAGUCAUCUAUCUUGCCAGUCAGACGCUUGGAGGCGCACUCGCUGGAUUCAUGCUUCGAGCUGCGUAUGGAUCCAGAGACUACACGGUCGGUGGCUGCUAUAUGAACCCCCAGUUAGUCCCGGUGAACGAAGGGUUUCUUCUCGAGUUUGUCUUCACAUUGCUACUAAUCUUCCUAUCCUUUGGAGUGGGUCUGGAUCCAAGGCAGGGCCGGAUCUAUGGCGCGGCGUUGUCUCCAUUUCUGGUCGGUUUGGCCCUGGGCCUGGUAAGUUGGGGUUCCGCGUUUUCCCGCGCUGGAUAUGCGGGAGCCUGUAAGUAA